AUGGAUGUUGGUAUGGUUGAACUUAAAAAAGAGUGUGAUCUUACAAAGAUGCUAGAGUAUGCGAAGGAAAACAACUAUAGGAUAGAUUUGUAUGUUAAGCAUUUCUUCCUCGAGGAAGGAACAGGGCAGACAUCUAAUGACAUCUAUUCAAAUGUUCGUCCAGAUGAACAUGCUAGCAAUGACAGUCAUGAUGUAGGCUAUUUAAUUGAUGAAAUUGAUGAUUAUGAAUGGGAGGACAGUGACUACUCCAUGGGGGAGGAUGAUGACAGAUUAUUUGCAGAAAAUGUGGAUGAAGAAGCUGAAUGGAUAGGUAGGAUAAAGCAGACACUGGGAUUGUCAGAAGAUGGGGAUGACAGUGUUGGACAAGAUUCUGAUGAAGAGUUGUCUAAGGGAUCAGAUGUGGAUUCUUUAGAACAUUUCAUGGAGACUCUGGCAGAUGAGUGUAUUGUGGGAAUGAAGAAGAUAACUUGGCCAUUUUAUGAAGACUCAGAUGAUCCUGCUUGGGAGGUUGGCAUGUUGUUCAAAGACCAGCAAGAAUGCAGAGACUCCAUGAUCAAGCACAGCUACAAGCAGGGCAGGCAAAUCCAUUUCAUUAAAUCUGACAAGAAGAGAGUCAGAGCUGUGUGCAAGCAUCCAUGCCCUUGGUAUAUGUAUGCAAGCUUAAAUUUUGAUAAAACUUUUCAAAUGAAGCAAAUGGGUCCAGCACACACUUGUGUUAGACAGCAAAGGGAUCUUCCUUUAAUUCAUUCUGGCUUCCUAGCUGAAAAAUAUGAAUCUGAGUUCAGGAUUAAUCCAAAUUUGCCCAUCACUGCUUUCCAUAAGAGGGUUCUAAUGGACAUUCAAGUGGAUUUCAAUCCUAAUGUGCUGAGGAGAGCUAGGAGGAAGUGUAUGAAGAACAUAAAGGGCAUAGAUGCUGACCAGUAUGCAAAGCUAUGGGAUUACAGGAUGGAGUUGUUGCAGAGGAAUCCAAAUUCUACUAUUGAGCUUCAAUUUGAGUCAGGCCAUCCUGGAGUUUUCAAAAGGAUGUACUUAUGCUUUGGAGGACUGAAACAUGGAUUCAAGUUAGCUUGCAGAAGAGUAAUUGGUCUUGAUGGGACUCACAUAAGAAAUCACUACAAAGGCCAGAUUCUCACAGCAGUUGGAGUAGACCCAAACAACUGUAUGUACCCUCUUGCUUAUGCUGUUGUUGAAGCUGAAAACAGAGACUCUUGGGAGUGGUUUGUGAAGCUCCUUAGACAAGACAUUGAUGCUGGGGAUGGCAGGGCAUGGACCAUUAUAAGUGAUAGACAGAAAAGACUCCUAAAUGUUGUUGCAGAGCUCUUGCCAGCAGCUGAACACAGGUUUUGUGUUAGACACAUGCAGAACAACUUCAAGCAAAAGUAUCCAGGAAGGUCCUUGAAAGAUAAGAUGUGGUGUGCUGCUAGAGCUCCUAAUGUGCAAAAAUUCAAUGAGUACAUGGAACAAGUUAAUAGUGAGCUGCCUGCUGCUUUUGAUUGGUUGGCGGAAGUUCCUACACACCACUGGUCUAGGCCAGCUUUCAAAUGUGAGAACAAAUGUGAUAUUCUAUUAAAUAACAUGUGUGAAUCAUUCAACAGAAGCAUUGUGGUUGCAAGGUCUGAAUCUAUACUUGUAAUGCUUGAGAUGAUAAGGGAAUAUCUCAUGAAUAGAUUACAGAAAAAAAAAGAGAAGGCUGCCAGUUGGGAGGAUAGGAGAGUGACUCCAAAAUGUGGAUUGAUGAUUGACAAAUACAAGAGAUGGAGUGGUAAUGUUUAUGCUGCAUAUGCAGGAUAUAAUGAGUUUCAAGUUAAUACUGUUAGUGGUAAUCGAUUUGGUGUUGACCUCAACAACUGGACUUGUGGAUGUCGUAGAUGGGAGCUAAAUGGGAUUCCAUGCCACCAUGUCAUAUCUGCCAUCAACCGGCUUGGUCUAGAUCCUUAUGAUUUUGUUGAUGCUGCAUAUUCAAUUAAAUCAUAUGCACAAUGCUACUCAGGAAUCAUUUUUCCUAUGAAUGGGAAAGCUUACUGGAAAAAGCAUGGUCAUGAGGUCAAGCCUCCUCUCAUUCAAAAGCUACCAGGAAGGCCUAAAAUGAAGCGGAGACGUGAUGGUAACGACGACAAAGAUAAAUGUAGUAAAGAUGGGGCCAAACUGUUGAGGAGGGUGGAUCAGACUAGUGUUAGGUGUAGCCUAUGCAAGCAGAGUGGGCAUAAUAAGAGAACAUGCAAAGAUGCACAUUCUUCAACUGACGACCUUAUUGGUGCUACUGGUGUCCAAACACCAACGGUUGACACUGCAGCUGUUCCUGAGGAUGCUGACGGACACCAUGACUGCAUCUUGGAAAUGGAUUUGCAUGAGGCACCAAUACUUACUCAAGGAAGUCAAAGCACACAAGGAGAAGGCAAGCACACUCUCAAAGGUGGUAAGGGGAACAAUAACAAACGACUGCCUCCUACAAACUACAAUGGACCCAGUUUACACGGUUAUAGUUUGAGUGAACCUGUCCAGCAGUUCAAGACUAAUGUGGGUGGAACUGAGGUUGUAUCGGCAUCAUUUACAAAGAAAGGCAAGUAUAUGGUAACACAUGGUGCUCUAUCACAGGCUCUGGCAGCAGCUAAAAGGAAGCUUGGUGAGGCCAAUAGUGAUGCAGCAGUCCAGUCUGAUGAAAGCAUGCAUAAAGAUGGUCAUGGAGAUGAGGCUGGUGGGGAGGAUGCCACGUAG